GCAGGGCGUAAGUGAUGAACAAAGUUUUGUCAGUGUCAAGCUCAUCAGGUUCCUAUUUUUAUCAAUUUUCUACAAGUUAGCAAAUUUCGUGUUCGGGUAUUUUUUGCAUGAGCUGCAGUCUUAAUUUAGUCGCAAAAUAUUGCAAUUUAUAGCCGUCUUUUUAUGUCUUGUACUAAGAAAAUGAAAUUUAUUGCUUCUUGACGCAGAGCAAGGAAGUUAGGAUAAGUUUAAUUAUUAAUAUAAACACUGAUCCUUAACGACAUCCUGAGGAGAAGUCUCCUAUUGGCCAAUUGGCUCGAAAAUUAAACAAUCAUGCAUCAUUUAUAACGAGGCUACCGCUUCAGUUAAUGCUGUCAAUGCUUCCAAAUCUGACCUAUUCUCUUCAUUCGCUACCGUAAUGGCAGAAAAUUCUGCAGUGGCUGCCCCUGCUGAAUCGGAGAAAAUUAAUCGGGACCGUUUCCACAAGUACGAGUCCAUACGGAUCGAAUGGACGAAAUAUUUCGAAAAAAAAUAUUUCGACCAAGCUCACAUAGUCAAAGGGUUUUUCAAAACGUUCCAUCGAAGCCACAAGGGGUUUCAAUUUGUGAUCGCGGAACUUUUCGAUGGCACAACUCACCCUCUUGUUCGCGCUGAAGAUUACCAAGCGGUGAAGGAGGAACUAGAGCGAAGGACUGGCAAGACAUUACCCGAAGUUAGUAAUGUCUCGGAUGUGAGGAUUAAAGACGAAAGGAAGUCGUUCGCCGACUUUGAAUCUUACCGAGAUUUCUCCAUGUCUCUUAAGGACCAGAAUGACACAAUAAGGCGAAGGAGAAAGGAGGAGGCAAAGCGACAUGUAAACCUCCUCCGCAGCACGCUGCAAACCAAACCAAACGCUCGCAUAAUGACGUUUGAUGUGGAAACCUACGAACAUGACAAAAGUCAAACCCUUGAGGUCGGCUACGUUAUCACAAACUUAGACAAACCAGACGAGAUUGACGCCUUCCACUACAUCAUCGAGGAGAACCUCCAUUACUCUAACAGGGAUUACGUCCCUGACAACCGCGAGCGAUUCAAGUUUGGAACGUCACAGCGCAUGUCCUUGAAAGAGGCCGCUGAAAAGUUCAAGCAGCACAUCGCUGAUGCAGAUUUCUUGGUGACCCAUGCAGGACACAAUGAUGAAGCCUACCUGUCAGGCUGUGGAAUCUCUUUAGAAGGGAAGCAAACGUUCGACACUCAGACGCUCGCCAUGGGUUUGCUGACUGGCGGACCUCUUAUUUACAACCUGAAACGACUGCUGAAUGAUCUGGAAAUCGAUUUUGAUGAAGAUAUUCUCCACAACGCGGCCAAUGACGCAGUUUAUACCUCGAAGGUGUUCAUUGCUCUCAGCAAGAAAAUUUAGAAUUUUUCUGAAUUACCAUGUAGUCAUAGCAAAUUAACUUUGACAUUGUGUUAGUAUAACUGAAGCUAAGUCAACUUUAGUUGCCCGUCGUAACUGAGAAUUUCUUAUCGGUAUAUUUAGUAGUCUACAAGAGAUCAAUUUCAAGACAUGCAGACCACGAGAGCGUGGUUUAGUUGCGAGUUUUUUUGGCACUUGACGUUUUUGAAUCAAUUUUAUUCUCAAUAAAACUAAUCAAAAUGAGCGAAACUGUGGUCACGUCACCGGAAAUAGCAAGUAAAACACAUUUAAUAUUUACACGUUUAAUCAAAACUAUAACAAAAUUCUCGAACGUGAUUGGCUAUCAG